UUUGACAACUGCGAUUGGGUGUUUACAAGAAACUUCUUUCACAACUUUUGAUAAAUUCCUUUGAUCUUCUGUAUUGGUGCCUUCUAAAUUUUUGGAUAUAAUAGAAGGAUUUACACCGCAUUAUCUAAACCACAUAUAUUCCAAGCAUGUUGUUAUGUGACUCUUGCGUAAAUUCCACUUAACUGCGGCUCUGGGGACAAAUCGGACCAAACUAUCACUUAACCUCGUUGACAAAAACUUUUUACUGUUUGUUUACAUUCAACAAUAUCAAAACGAUCAUAAGCCGAGAUGUCGGCCGUCGAAACUCGGCAUGCACUACGCAAAAUGGACUUCGCAACGUGUGCACGGGAGGCUCUGCUCCGCAUAGAGAGCAUCUUCAUAAACCGCGGCAACCAGGACUUUGCCAUGGAUCUGAUCUCGGAGUUUAUAUUUCUAGAGAAAACUAAGGACAUUGACGCCCGGAAGGGCUACGUGCCGUCGGCGAUGAAUCUCGUGCAGGAGUUCCAGCUGGUUGUCGCCCUCUGCGAGUUCUUCUCGCGGCCCGGCCCCGACGCAACAAGGAAUGCUGUUUUCCUUUCCCUGUUUGGAGCAGCUACGACCCCAGUGCGAUCCGAUGUUUUGGUGAAGCUGAUAAGCACUUCGGUGUCCGCAUCGAUCGCACCGCUGUUGUGCGCCGCGGGAACUUGGAUGCAGCAAGUGGGAUGCACUUCGGUCGCGAGUACAGAACUUGCUCAGAGCCUAGUCAAGGAUUUCGUGAUUUUCUCCAAGAAAACGUCGGAACAGCUGCGACAACUGCCUAUGGUCGCGCCAAGGUUUGCCGCCAACUUCAUGACUGCCGUCGCGGAUCUAUACAUGAACGAAGCCAAGGGAGCUAUAGUCUGUCCACCGGACAUGCUUCUGGACGUUUUCACAGAAUGGGUCUCAGAGAACCAAAGCCUCUGCCUAGCAUCGCAGCAGCCUUUAUCACUCCCCACAGGAGCUAUCGCCAUGCCGGUCGUCACACCCUUAGCCGGUCUGAUCCGCUGGUGCGUGUUGGCACCAAUAAUCAACCAAAAAGGAGCCUACAGCAAACUGCACUUGGCCGUCCUAGAAACUUUGCUGCAGAUCCCGCCCCCCAACGGACCGCCAACCGCGCUCAAUGCCCAGCACCUCGCAGCCAUAGCCGUCCCUCUCAAAAACCACGCGAGGAAACUUGUCGCCGACGGCGUGAACCCAGAGAACGACGAGAACUUCCAGGCAAGCAUGGAGCGUUUCGCGCAAGCCGUGCAGAUAUCUCUCGCCGCCAAGUGCCUGUACGGAAGCACGCCGCAACUGCUCUGCACCCUCGAGACCCUGCCCGCGAACAGUUUAAUGGAAAUUGUAAUAAAAGCAAACAAAAGUUGAAAACGAA